AAUUUGUCUCUUCCAAACUCCCACUUGUGAUGGUUUCCUUAAAGAGAUUUGAACUUGAUAAACUGAUAAGAAAAAUGGAAAUCAUUAAAAAAAAUGAAAUUUCAAUGACAACAAAACAUGACUAUGAUAGAGCAAGUGAGCUCAAAGCAUUUGAUGAAACAAAAGAUGGUGUCAAAGGACUUGUUGAUGCUUCUGUCACAAGCAUCCCUCGCAUGUUCCAUCACGAAUUCGACAAGGACUCAACUUCAAGUUCAAGCAACAGCCACAAACUUGUUAUUCCUUCUAUUGAUCUUGUUGAUAUUCAUCAAGAUCCAACAAGAAGGAAAAUAGUUGUUGAGAAAAUUAGAGAAGCAUCUGAGACAUGGGGUUUCUUUCAAAUUGUUAAUCAUGGUAUAGAAGUGAGUGUUUUAGAUGAGAUGAAGAAUGGAGUGGUUAGAUUCUUUGAGCAAGAUUCUGAGGUGAAAAGAGAAUUAUACACACGUGAUCCAGUGAAGCCUUUGGUUUAUAAUAGUAAUUUUGAUCUUUAUAGUUCACCAGCUGCUACUUGGAGGGAUACCUUUUACUGUUUUAUGGCUCCGAAUUCUCCUAAUCCAGAAGAUUUACCAUCAGUAUGCAGAGAUAUAAUGUUGGAAUACACAAAACAAGUUAUGAAACUGGGAAAUCUAUUGUUUGAGUUAUUAUCAGAAGCACUUGGACUUGAUCCAAACUAUUUGAAUGAAAUGAGAUGCAAUGAAGGACUUGCACUUGUUUGCCAUUACUAUCCUUCCUGUCCAGAACCAGAAUUGACUUUGGGAAUAACCAAGCAUACGGAUAACGACUUUAUCACCGUGCUUCUACAAGAUCAUAUUGGCGGCCUCCAAGUUCUUCGUGAAAAUAGUUGGGUUGAUGUAUCACCUGUUCCUGGUGCUCUAGUCAUCAACAUUGGUGAUCUUCUACAGCUUAUUACAAAUGACAAAUUCAAGAGUGUUGAGCACAGAGUGGUAGCAAAUCAUGUCGGUCCAAGAGUAUCAGUUGCAAGCUUUUAUAGCACAAGUUUUCAGCCAUCAACAAAACUUUAUGGUCCUAUAAAGGAAUUAGUAUCAGAAGAUAAUCCUCCAAAGUAUAGGGAAACAACAGUGCAUGAUUAUGUUUCUUUCUCCAUGGCAAGAGGCCUUGAUGGAACUUCUCCUUUGCCAUAUUUCAAGAUUGGAAAUUUCUGAUACACACAAUAAAGGUGGUUUAACAUGUAUGCAAUAUAAUUAAAAUAACUUUUGUAGUAUUUACUUUGCUACCUACAUUUGUUAUUGCAAAAAUAUUUAGUAUUAUGAGAAAAUUAUAUUAAAAAA